GAGGAGUGCCCGCAUUCGCUCUGUCCCUCUUGCUCCCUUCCUCCCUUCCCUUCCUGCCGGCCUCUGAGCAGAGGAUGUGUCUGGAAGUGUGAAAGAGGAAGGCUGGCGUUGAAGUGGGCAUGUACCCUCUCUCUUCUUCCCCUUCUUCGCUCUCUCUGCUGAUUGCUCUAUCUGGCGACAGUAAGCAGGCCCUCUGGGCAGGGCAGUCUCUUAGUGGAACAGUGGAUGGUUAAGCAACAAGCCUAAAUGUCAGACGGAGACAAAAUUGGCUGUGACAAUCAUGAAGAUGCCCUUGUCCCAGUGGAGGUGUGGCCAGAGCUGGAGAGAGCCGAGUGUUUGGCUCGCGGUGCUGCACUGAAAUGGGCCUCAGGUGUCUUUUGCCGUCCAGAGCAUCUGGAGAAACUUGGACAAUAUAGGAAAAGGGAGAGUCAACGUACCACUUCUAUUCAAUCCAGAUUAAAGUCAGUUGUACAGUCCUAUUUGGAAGGUGUUGAUUGGGGUCUGGGUCAAUUGCGAGAGGCACGCGCUGAGCUGAGAGAAGUGUCUUGUGACUUGCACAAGGCAAGAUUGGAGACCAGUAAAAAUUCUGAUGAGAUAACUACACUGGAGACACUUCGGGAGGUGUCUCUCAAUCAUCGCCAGCUUCUUGCUGCAGUUAGUAACUUGCCCCGCCUCUACAAAGUGCGGAGUAUGGUGCUAGAGACAGAGAGGCUUGUGGAGUCUCGGAGACUACUAGAAGCUCAUGCUCGACUAAUGGAACUAGAGCGCUGGCAGGAUGAGGUAUUGCUACAGCUCCAGGGACCCAAGGGACCAUCCGGGACAGGGCUAGCCUCUGAGGAUGAGGAGCUGGUGCUGAAUUAUUUUUCAGGUGUUGGACGCUUGGUGGAUGCCCUUGCCAAGGAGCUUUGGGCAGUAAUCGGGAGUGGGCUUUCGCUCUCUCAUCAGAACCCCACACCUUUUGUGUCAGCUGUGCGUAUAGUGGAGCGUGAAGAAGCGCUAGAUGAGUUCUUUUUGGAGGAGCGAAGGUCAGCAUCCGGACACAACAGACCCAUGCCCCCUGGAAGGCCACGCUGCUGGAGGAAACAUUUCUUUGAGGUGUUGGAGGAGGCAGUGUCAUCCCGUUUCCGUAGUGUGUCGUACUUGCACACUCGAGGACCAGGUCUUGCUAGUCACUUGUCUGCACUACAGCAUGGCAUUAUGGGAGACCUCUCAACAGUGCGCAAUCUUUUGGAACAGUGUGUUCCACCCCACUAUCGAGUAACAAGAGCCUACCUGCGCUCCUGCCACCAGUUCUUGCAAACACAUCUUGGGCUAGUUACCGGAUGGGAGCUAGAAAGUGGCGAAAUAUUUGCUGUUCUUAACUGGGUUUUGCACAUUUAUAACAGCUCAGAGAUGAUGGGUGAUCCAGACCUUGUACCUGAGCUACACAUUGAGGACCUGGGACCCCUGAUAUCUCUGGAAGGUAUAGAGCAGCUGCAGAAUAAAUAUGUCCAAAAAGUUCGGAAGAGUGUCUCAGAGUGGAUGCACAAGGCUCUAGAGGUAGAGCUUACAGACUGGCAGAGGGACCAGGAACCAGACAUUGACCAUGAGGGCUGCUAUCACACCAGCCUUCCAACCAUCAUCACUCAGAUGCUAGAAGAAAAUGCACGGGUGGCCUUGAUGAUAAGUGAAGCUUUGCGGAACCAGACAAUCCUUAUGGGUCUUUACGAGAUGGAGAACCUCCUCAGUCGAUUUCGAGGUGCCAUGAUAGAAUUUGGGAAGGAGCAUCACAGGAAUCCAACCACAAACAGUAACAAGUUCUACCUCCAUUAUCUGCUGGCCUGCAUCAGCAACUGCAUCAUCCUCAAAACCUCUGCAGAAUGUCUGCAGCAGCAGUUGUGCUCCUUUCCCUCAAACCGGUUUUCACGUGUUCCACCCGGGCCCCUGGCUGCCCUGGACCGUGCUGUGAGAAAAGCUUGUCAUCUAGUAAUGGACCACCUACUGUUUGAGUUGCAGCCCCAUCUACAGGGGCUCCUGUGUCGUACCUGGCUGGUACAGGAAGAUGCAACCACAAAAUUGUGUGAGGUUCUGGAACGUCACUGUGAACUCUACAACAGGGUGCGCCAACCUUGUCGUCAGAGACUGAAGGAGGAGUGUCAGAGGCUAAUUGUUGUUGAGUAUGUCCGCACAUUAAUGCAGAAGAGAAUGGUCUGUCGAAAUAAUGAUGAGCGAUGCCAGUUGGCCCAGCGCCUGGCACAGGAUGCCCAACAGCUAAGGGAACACUUUCAAAGCAUGGAGACUGAUGGGACCAUAGGUGAGGUGAAUCCUACUGCUUUGAUACUUGCACUAGCAGACUUAAUCAAUUUGAAAGACCCGAGCGUGCUAACACUGGAGAUUUCUGAAUUGGUAAACAAGUACCCUGAUAUCAGUGAGGAGCAUGUCUCUGUGCUGUUGGAUGUAAGAGGGGAUGUCCCCAAAGAUGUGCGGGGGUCUGUCUUAGAUUUUCUGGAGCAGAGUGCCCCACCUUUACCACCAGGAUACCGCCCAAUCUUCUCAGAAAUCCUUGUGCCCUCUUCCAGCAUGCCAUUCUGUCUGCCUAACGCAAAGUGUACUUGAGAAGCACUCAGAGAAGCAAUGGAUAUUCAUAAUUAAUUAAUCACUAGUCUAUAAGAUUAGCCUUUUCAUUGUCAGUGUUGUCAUGUCUGACCAAAUCCUUGUUAUAUUAGUAAAUCAUACUUUGCAAAAAUAUUUACAUUUAUGAUAUUUACAGAAAAAUACUUCCCUCAAAAAAAAGUGCACAAAUUAUACAAUGGUAGACCAAAGUACAAUCUGCCUCAUUUUACUUUUUACAUAUUUUUGGAGGGAAAUGCAAAUUGUUGUCCAUUUUAGAAUGUAAAUAUAUUACUGUGGUAUUAUUACCAAACAUAACGUUCCCAAAGAUAUUUUGCUGGAUAUAAUCUAUUGGUCUUUAAACUUGUAUAUUGUGGAUCACUAUGUAUAUUGUGGUUGA